AUGAAGGGCUUAUCGGGCAGUCGUUCCCAGCACCAGAUCCCUUUACCCCAUGGAUUGGACUAUGACCCCCAUGUCCAUGACCUCCAUGCUCACCAUGUCUCUGACUCCCGCCACUCGUCCUACCUGCUCAGCCCCACAGAGAGCUGCCCCAUGGACUUCCACCACCGCUACUCGCCACGCAGUUCCAUCCACUCUGACUGCAUGAUGAUGUCCCCUGUCAUGAUGCCCCCAGCUGCUGCGUCUGACCAUAUUUCCAGCAGCACCUUCCCCAGAAUGCACUACAGCUCUCAGUAUUAUGACUCAGCCACACGGGACGACUGCGCUGCCAUCACAGCCUCUGCCACCUCCCCAGCUGUCGCUGCUGCUGCAGCCGCGGCAGCUGCCUCAUCACACCAUGCGGGUACCAAGAGCAACCGCCUUCCGGCUAACCUACUAGACCAGUUUGAGAAACAACUGCCACUACACCGCGACGGCUUCCACACAUUGCAGUACCAACGUACCUCCACCACCACUGAGCAACGCAGCGAGAGUCCUGGCCGCAUCAGACACCUUGUUCAUUCUGUCCAGAAGCUCUUCACCAAGUCUCACUCCCUGGAGGGAUCAUCCAAGAUGAAUGGCACAAAAGGUGAUAUUGUAGGAGGUGGAGGAGGACCAGGGAGUUAUCACCAUCAUGGCCACCACUCCACCAAACAUGGUAGCAAGAGGAGCAAGAGCAAAGAACGUAAGCACCGCUCUGGCGGCUGGUGGAGCUCUGACGACAAUCUGGAUAGUGAUAGCACCUACCGCACGCCCAGUGUAAUGUCGCGGCACCAUGGGGAACAUGGCCACUGUUACCCAGACUCCAUGCACAGCCACCACUUUGGAGACCUGUCUCUCAAGACCUCUAAGAGUAACAAUGAUGUCAAGUGCUCGGCUUGUGAGAGCAUAGCCAUGGCGCCCGAGGGCAAAUUCAUGAAAAGGAGCUCCUGGUCGACACUGACAGUCAGCCAGGCUAAGGAGGCCUAUAGGAAGUCAUCGCUUAAUCUAGAGAAACCCAUGAUGCACAUGGAACUAAAGCCUUCAUUGCGGACAUGUCACUACCUGCAGGUGCCCCAGGAUGAAUGGAGUGGAUACCCAGGCGACAAGGAUGAGGAGAUCCCGUGUCGGCGGAUGCGCAGCAGUAGCUAUGUCAAAGCUAUGGGAGAGGUGGAUGAUGAAAGUGGUGACUCUGACACCAGCCCUAAGACCUCCCCACAGAAAGCCAUUCGGCCUGAUGCUCUUGUCCUCAAAUCAGCCAUGCAGAGACCCCAUUUAGACUCCCAAAGCCAGGGCUACCACUUGCAAACCACAAGAGAUAUGCGGCCCCACCCUAGUGUCACGCUGGACCCUGCCACCACCUUUCAUCCCCCGCCCUUCCGAUCUCGCAACCAGAGCUACAUGCGCGCCGUCAGCACCCUCAGUCAGGCUAGCUGCGUCAGCCAGGUGAGUGAGACUGAGAUCAAUGGCCAGUUUGAGUCAGUUUGCGAGUCCGUUUUUAGUGAAGUAGAAUCCCAGGCCAUGGAGGCCUUGGACCUGCCUGGUUCGUUCCGCACUCGAAGCCACAGUUACCUCCGUGCAAUUCAGGCUGGUUAUUCCCAAGAUGACGACUGCUUGCCUUCAAUGACAUCCUCCACUGUCACUUCAACUCUCAGAUCCACAACAGGGAUUCAGUUUCGUCUCCCUACUUCCUGCAGUGUGGACCGCGCUCAGCCGCCUCCAGCGGUAUCAUAUCCUCCCAGUUACAAGAAGACUCCACCUCCCGUGCCCCCGCGCACCACCACCAAGCCUCUUAUCUCUGUGACAGCCCAGAGCAGUACAGAGUCCACCCAAGAUGCCUACCAGGAGGGCAGGCAUCCGCGGGGCGGUCUGUGGACCACGGACAGCCUCGGCCGUCCCAUCUACAGCUCCACAGACAGUCUGGACAGCACCAAGGCAGUCACCAUGGCCAUGGAGUCAGCAGCAGCCAAGAGGCAUGCAUCUUUGGGCAGCCACACCUCCGUCCAGACGUGCGACAAAGCAGUGCUGGUGUCCAAAGCUGAGGAGUACCUCAAAACCCCACGUUCCUCUAUUGGGAUACAGGUGGAAACUGUGACAGAUUCUGAGACUGAAAGUAAAGGCCUUCCUCAGUUCCAUUCUAUAGGGAUCCAGGUGGAGGAUCAAAAACGGCAUGGGCGGUUCAAGCGCUCAAACAGUGUGACCACUGCAGUGCAAGCAGACAUGGAGUUGGAGGGCUUUCCCUCCAUGGAGGACAAAGGCCUGCAGUUCGGUGGUGCCUUUGGUCGCCACUCUGAGCCCAGCACGCCCACGCAGUACGGGGCCAUCCGUACAGUGCGCACACAGGGCCUGUUCAGUUACAGGGAGGACUACCGGCCUUCCAGCGGGCCUCCCAGCCCACAGCCUGAACCUUGGCUGGUCGAACCCGGCAUGGAGAGCACUGAAACAGGCCGCGUGUCCCCCCUUCGCAGGGACGGCAGCUGGUUUAUGCAGCUCCUUCACAAUGAAACCAAGCGGUUGGAGGGAUGGUGCAAAGAGAUGGAGAGAGAGGCAGAGGAACAUGACCUGUCGGAGGAGAUCCUAGGAAAAAUCCGGAGUGCGGUGGGAAGUGCUCAGCUACUAAUGUCUCAAAAGUUUCAGCAGUUUUACUGGCUAUGUCAGCAGAAUCUGGACCCCAGUGCCAUGCCCAGACCCACAUCUCAGGACCUGGCUGGAUUCUGGGACCUCUUGCAGCUUUCCAUCGAUGACGUCACUGCCAAGUUUGAUGAGCUGCAGCAGAUCAAGAGCAACCAGUGGCAGCUGGUGGAGAGCCCAGAGAAGAAGGUAAAGCUCGUAGAGCGGAAGUGGCCACCACCUCUGCCAAAGCGGCCGGCCAAGGGGCGUGGCGGUGUGAUGCGGGAGCGCUCUCUGGACCUUCAGGACCGCCAGCGACAGGAAGCCCGCAGACGCCUCAUGGCUGCCAAACGAGCAGCUUCUUUCAGACAGAACUCAGCCACAGAGAGGGCAGACAGCAUCGAGAUCUACAUCCCUGAAGCCCAGACACGGCUUUGA